AUGACUACAGUUAUGACAACAUCAGUCGAACCCAAGCGUAAGCGCUACGCACUCGUCGGCACGGGAAGUCGCGCCAUCUUCUUUUACUCAGCCCUGGCCACUAAGUAUAGUAAGACCAAUGAACUAGUAGCCUUUUGCGACACAAACCAGACGCGUCUCGACUAUGCAAACAGCAGAAUCAAGAAUCUCUGCCACCCGGCCAUCCCAACAUACCUUGCGAAGGAUUUUGACAAGAUGAUAUACGAGACGCAGCCCGACGAGGUCAUUGUCACAACUGUGGAUCGAACGCACGAUAGGUACAUUGUGCGAGCCCUGGAGCUGGGAUGUAGUGUGCUGAGUGAGAAACCCAUGACAACCGACACUCCCCGCUGCCAGCAGAUCCUCUCUGCCGUCGACCGCACGGGAGGUAAGAUACGUGUGAGCUUCAACUAUCGCUACGCACCGCACAACACCAAGAUUUACGAGGUAAUCCAGUCGGGCGCUAUUGGCCGCAUCACCAGCCUCCACUUUGAAUGGAUGCUCAACACAUCCCACGGCGCAGACUAUUUCCGCCGCUGGCACCGUGAUAAACGCAACAGUGGUGGCCUCCAAGUCCACAAGUCCACCCAUCACUUUGACCUGGUCAACUACUGGCUGCAGACGAGGCCCGAAACGGUAUACGCUCGGGGAGGACUGCAUUUCUAUGGCAGGGAGAAUGCUGAAAAGCGCGGCAAGACAAGCUUCUACCCUCGAGCCCAUGGCUACCCGCAAUCCCGCGACGACCCAUUUGCCCUUCAGCUGUCCGACAACCCGCAACUUAAAGCAAUGUACCUUGAUGCCGAGCAUGAAGAUGGAUAUCAGCGCGACAAGAGCGUGUUCAGCGACGGUAUUAGCAUCGAAGACACAUUGAAUGUCCUCGUUACUUAUCGCAAUGGCGUAUCUAUGACCUACUCACUUACGGCCUAUGCUCCAUGGGAGGGAUUCCGCGUAAGCAUCAACGGUACAGAAGGUCGUCUCGAAGCGGAAAUUGUCGAGAACAGCUACGUCAGUGCUGGUGGAUCCCAGGCUGAGGAAGGUAGUCUCGAGAGUCGGACGGUGACCCUUCGUCGAUUGUUCGAGAAGCCAGUCGACCUCGAGAUCAAUGAUUCCACCGGUGCCCACGGUGGAGGAGACGAGCUUCUUCUCGAGGACCUAUUUGGGGAGCAAAAAGGCGGAGGUGACUCCUCUCGUAGGGCUGCUACCCAUAUCGACGGCGCUGUCUCGAUCCUCACGGGGAUUGCCGCCAACCGUUCCAUUGCUACUGGGGAAGUCGUUGAUAUCGAUGAUAUUCUUCCCAUACCAUGA